AAGUGACAGACACCAACCGGAAGCUGCAGAACGAAGGGAAAGAACUGAUCCUGGCCAUGGAGGAGCUGAGGCAGUGCCGGCUGCAGCAGAGGAACAUCUCGGCCACGGUGGAUAAACUCACCCUGUGUCUCCCUGUGCUGGAGAUGUACAGCAAGCUGCGGGAGCAGAUGAAAUCCAAGAGGCACUACCCGGCCCUGAAGACCCUGGAGCACCUGGAGCACACCUUCCUGCCCCAGGUGAGCCACUACCGCUUCUGCAAGGUGAUGGUGGACAACAUCCCGCGGCUGCGCGAGGAGAUCAAGGAGCUCUCCAUGUCCGACCUCAAGGACUUCCUGGAGAGCAUCCGCAAGCACUCGGACAAGAUCGGAGAGACCGCCAUGAAACAGGAUUGCAGAUUCAAUCAGUGGAAAAUAAUUGCCAGGAUAUUCUUCAGUCUCCUGCUCUCUCCAAAUGUUCAGGCACAGCAGCAGAGGAACCUGGACAACAUCGUGUCCCAGCAGCCCAGGAUUAGCGGAGGGAAGAAAUCCAAGAAGGAGUUCAGUGCCAGCUCCGAGCUGGAGGUGAAGAACACCAGCCCCAUGUCGGAGCAGGAUUCUGGGAUCCUGGAUGUGGAGGAUGAGGAUGAGGAGGAAGAGGUGCCUGGAGCCCAGGAUUUGGUGGAUUUCUCCCCGGUCUAUCGAUGCCUCCACAUCUACUCCGUCCUGGGAGCCCGGGAGACCUUUGAGAGCUACUACAGGAAGCAGAGGAGAAAACAAGCGCGGCUGGUGCUGCAGCCUCCCUCCAACAUGCACGAAACUUUAGACGGCUACAGGAAGUAUUUCAAUCAAAUUGUAGGGUUUUUUGUGGUGGAGGAUCACAUCCUGCACACCACGCAGGGCCUGGUCAACCGUGCCUAUAUUGAUGAGCUGUGGGAGAUGGCCCUGUCCAAAACCAUCGCGGCCCUCAGGACCCACUCCUCCUACUGCUCCGACCCCAGCCUGGUGUUGGACCUGAAGAACCUCAUUGUGCUCUUCGCCGACACGCUCCAGGGCUACGGCUUCCCCGUGAACCAGCUCUUCGACAUGCUGCUGGAGAUCCAGGACCAGUACAGCGAGACCCUGCUGAAGAAAUGGGCAGGGGUCUUCAGAAAUAUCCUUGACUCGGAUAACUACAGCCCCAUCCCGGUGUCAAAUGAAGAAGUUUAUAGGAAAAUCGUUGGACAGUUCCCAUUCCAGGAUGCUGAACUUGAAAAGCAACCCUUCCCAAAGAAGUUCCCCUUCUCGGAGUUCGUGCCCAAGGUUUACAGCCAGAUCAAGGAGUUCAUCUACGCCUGCCUCAAGUUCUCCGAGGACCUGCACCUCAGCUCCACGGAAGUCGAUGACAUGAUCAGAAAAUCCACAAAUCUGCUGCUGACCCGGACCCUGAGCAACUGUUUACAGAACGUCAUCAAGAGGAAAAACGUUGGACUGACAGAGCUGGUGCAGAUCAUCAUCAACACCACCCACCUGGAGAAAUCCUGCAAGUUCCUGGAGGAGUUCAUCACCAACAUCACCAACGUGCUGCCCGAGACCGUGCACACCACCAAGCUCUACGGGACCACCACCUUCAAGGACGCCCGUCACGCCGCCGAGGAGGAGAUCUACACCAACCUCAACCAGAAGAUCGACCAGUUCCUGCAGCUGGCCGACUACGACUGGACGGCCCUGGAGCCGGGCAGCCGGGCCAGCGACUACCUGGUGGAUCUGAUCGGCUUCCUGCGCAGCACCUUCGCCGUGUUCACCCACCUCCCGGGGCAGGUAGAUGUCCACUCUACCAUGUCGGGGAAGGUGGCCCAGACCGCCUGCAUGUCGGCCUGCAAGCACCUCUCGACGUCGCUGCUGCAGCUGCUGCUGGAGGCCGAGGUGAGGCAGCUGACGCUGGGGGCCCUGCACCAGUUCAACCUGGACGUGGAGGAGUGCGAACAGUUUGCCAGAUCCGGCCCAGUGCCUGGGUUCCAAGGGGACACGCUGCAGUUGGCCUUCAUCGACUUGAGACAACUCCUGGAUUUGUUCAUCCAGUGGGAUUGGUCGACGUAUUUGGCCGACUACGGACAGCCCACGUGCAAGUACCUUCGUGUGAACCCCACCACAGCCCUCGUCCUGCUGGAAAAGAUGCGGGACACCAGCAGGAAAAACAACGUUUUUGCCCAAUUCCGGAAAAACGAGCGGGACAAGCAGAAGUUGAUCGACACCGUGGCCAAGCAGCUGCGCGGCCUCAUCAACAGCCACCACUCCUGAGGGGCUCGGGAUCUCCUUCCCGCAGCCUGGACUUCGGGAAUCUCGUUGGGAGAGAAGAUUUGUAUUUUUUUAUUCGCCUGGAAAGUCUCCGCGGAGCCUCCCCCCGACAGCAAAACGCUCCCGGUGGAACAAUCCUGGGAAAAGAGGUGG